AUGCUUGAGCCGUCACUUCUUGAGGUCAUCCACCCUCUUAAGCUCUUCGACAUUGCAAGACAUGAGAAAAGACUAUUGUAUGCGUCAGCGCCAAUGGUGCGCUAUAGCAAGCUUGCUUUCCGUCAGACCGUCUAUGAGUAUGGCACCGACCUUUGCUGGACUCCCAUGAUUCUGGCAAAGGAAUUUAAUAGGAGCCAGCUAGCAAGAGACAGUGACUUCACGAUAUCCACAUGCGGUCCCCAGCCCCCUACGAUUGUUCAGUUUGGUGCAAACGUACCCCAGGAACUUGCGCGUGCUUCAUCCCUCGUAGUUCCAUUUUGCAAUGGCAUCGACCUCAACUGCGGCUGCCCACAGUCUUGGGCUUGCGCAGAGACUCUUGGAGCAGCGCUAAUGGAGAAGCGGGAACUCGUCCGCGACAUGGUCAUCGCAACCCGCUACCAGUUGCUCCAGGACGGCUGGGCCGUUGGGAAAGAGGCUGAUAUCGACAACCCCAAGGGCAGGAGUGUGAGCGUCAAGAUCAGAGUUCACAAAGAUCUGCGAAAGACCAUCGACUGGAUCACUACGGUCUUGGGCCACCCGCAGGAUCGGAACAUUGACUUUCUCACCAUUCAUCCACGCACGCGUUGGACGCCGUCGAGCACUCCUAUUAACCUCGAAGCUCUUGAGAUUUUGACAUCUACCUUUGGCACACAGGUGCCGAUUCUCCUGUCAGGCGACGUCUUCGCGCUCAACUCCCUCCCAUUUACCACUCCUCUGCACACGACCAACGCUCCCACGUUCACAACUUCUGAUCCUUCAGUCCCCGACGCGCCCUCUCCUAGCCCUCUCCUCAAACACAUUCCGCAUCUCUCUGGGCUGAUGUCGGCCCGCGCUCUUCUCGCCAACCCAGCUCUUCGUAUGGCGGUGUCGGAGAAGUACCAUGGGUUCGAGGUUGAAACGGAUAGACUGAAGUAA